GCCUGACCGUCACCAUAGCAACAUCCGAGCGCGUCUCUCCCCGGAGCUGAGCCCGGACAGGAGGAAAGCCUCAGCCGCCCGCGGCCAGCCUAUACAAUGACUUCAGUAUCACGUGAAACACAGUCAAGUUUGUCAGCACCAUCUGACAUAUUCACUGCCAGGAGAACAGAAUCCCGUGAUAUUGCUGCUAUCAUCCGCCUCAUUACUUACGUGACGAAAAACUUGUUUGGCAGAAUUAAUGUCACUUAUCUUUUAGAAACAGCUAAUCUUGCAGUGACCUUAAUCAACCAGAAUAAUGAAGCGGUUGCCCAUGCCUUAUUUCUGGACUACCCCAACUGGAAUUUUGUUGAUCCAGCCCACUGGGAAAACUUCUUACAAGAUCAUUAUCAAGAGAGCAAAUGCACUCCUUUAAAUACACUAUUUCUGCAUCUGUUUGUGGCAGCUGAACGGGCAGCAUACUGUUCUCGUGAAAUUAUAAAGGCUGUCUUUAGAACUGUACCAGAAUUGCACUUCAUCCUUCUUCUCAUACCAAGUCAAGAAAAUUUAGGUAAGGACUUAGCAGCUGCUUUUAAGCCACUGAUGAAAGUAUCAGAUGAAGAAAUGGCUAUGGAGUACAGGCUGUUUAUGUGUGAGAGGCAUUGGUUUUGUGCACAGCUCUUUAUCCGCCAAGCCAGGGUAGAAGAUCAUGACGACCUCACCCCUCUCUUCACAAGUCAGAACGAUACCCUGAUAGACACAUAUGGUGAAUACGUCCUGGCCGAACUAAUAGAAGCACAAGAUGAUGAGAAUGUUGCUGUGGUUUGUGAGGACGAGGGCAAGGCGGUGGGUUUCAUGAGCGUGUGCUCCGAAGUGAACACACAGCUGCUUCACGACUGCUUCGACUUGGGACCUUUCCAUGGACUCUGUAAACCGCAUCCAGAUGAUGUUCUUCAGCUCCCGCCGGAGCCAGAUAACACAGCUGAAGUCAGCAGCAUCCCAAGAAGAGAAAGCACGGACACCCAAGAUACAGAAACCCAGGGCAUUAAAGCUGAAAGCUGUCGUACUGAAACUUCAGAAUGUACCAUAAGUGUACCUCCAUCAGUAGUAGAAAGCGAGCUUUCUAAAGAAGCAGAGGCAGAGCCAGUGUUGUCCUUGCCUUCAUUGGAGCAGUUGUUAGACACUGCACACGAGGAGGCUUUGAAGCCCAGUGAGGCCCCGAGCGUGGAGAGAGAGGCCUUCCAUCCCAUCUACAGAGGAGCGGUCAAUGCUUUCUGCAUUCAGCUCUUUUGUAUCGAUGAGCGAUAUGAGACAAGGUCAUUGGAUUUCUUGAACUUUGUUUUCAAACUUUUCCCAGACAGAGACUUCUGCAUCAUCACAGUGCCACACAUGGUACCAGAGUUUUAUCUGAUCCAGAACUUUGUUCGGGUUAUUCCCUUUAGCAUUUGUACGCUGGACCAGGAACUUUAUGUGUUCCAUCGUUCAGGACUGCUCAAAUCUUUUAUUGUAAGACCAGCAAAAUCUAAUGACAUUCUGGCUGUUGAAGUGCUAAUCAAAACCCUAGACUUGAACAGAAGUAUGUUGGAUGACUUAAACAACUACACAUUAGCUCGGAGAGAUCUAGAUGGAACACCAGUUCAGGCAUUUGUAGCAGAAGUUUUGAAACAGAUAGUUGGAAUAGCAAUCAUUAGGAAUGAAAUGGACGUUGAAUACAUUCGCUCACACUACAACGUUGAAGACUUCAUUUAUUUCAACCAUCACCAGCGGGAAGAUCAUGGCCAUUUAUACCAUUUUGCUUUAAAUCCAAUCUUUCACCACUACGCAAAGCAUUUCAUGAAGGAGAUACUUCGGAGGUCCUACAAAACCUGUCUCUAUUACCCAAUCCAUCCCCAGACUGCAAAAGGCAAGUUCCAGAAUCCCUGCGCCCAUUCCCUGACAUCUGCCCUUCAUUACAUGGUUCCCGUGCGACCGAGACGACAGAUUGUCUAUCCCCUGGAAAAACUUGGCAUAAACGCUCCAUCGAAGCAGGUCUCUAAGGAUCAGGCAAAGUACGCUUUGAACCACUUCAAUCGGAAGCUAUCCCUGGAGCCUAAAGUGUCUGUCAAUGCUAGAAUAGUCGUGGUUGGUGCAUCAAAUGUUGGAAUUUCCUUUCUUGAAACCCUAAUUUUUUGUCCACACUUGAAGUUUAAUAACCUUACUUUGAUUUCAACACAUGGACUUCCUGGGAAAUGUAUGUUGGAGAAACAGCAUAAGCAGUUUUUAAUCAACAGCCAUUGUUUUAAUGAUGAUGAUUAUGCGCUGAUGUCACUUUGUUCCUGGGUUAAAGUCGUGGUCGGGAAAAUGACAGGCAUCGACAGAUGCGCGAAGCACGUCACCAUUUCCGAGGGAGGGAAAGUGCCGUACGAUCAUCUCAUUCUCUGCACUGGACAGCAGUAUCAGGUCCCGUGUCCCACUGGUGCAGAUAUCCGAAAACUGCCCACCAACAGAGAGGUCAUCCAAAAUCGCCAACAGAAAUACACUGGCGUGGUCCCUUCCAAUCUGUUCAUUCUUUCGGAUGAGGAAGACUGCUUAUUGGCAAUGAAGUGGGUGAAAGAAAAUCUUAUUGGUGUCUCAGGGAAUGUUAUUGUUUAUGGGAAUACCAUCGACGUUUUCACCACCAUAGAAGCCCUCGUGUCGUUAGGAGUUAGCGGCAGCCAAAUACACCUUGUGCAACCACCACGGCAAUCGAAUGUUACUGCUAUUAAUGACAACGCCAUAGAAAAAGCUGUUGACAAAGCGCUGUCCAAAGUCGGCGUAUCUGUGCAUCUCGACUCUCUGCUGGCUCAGUGGAAUGAGGGCAGCCACCCAGAUCCCAUUGUGCAGGCCUCUUUCACGACUAAAACAAAGGCAUUCAGGCUGCAGUGCUCUGCCUUUUUUAACUUUACUCACAAAAGAGUGGAUUAUGACACCUUUAAGGCCGUGAAUGACGCAUGCCUUGUUUACGACGGGAAGCUUGUGAUUGAUACCAACUUCCACACCAACGACGUGGCCAUCAGAGCUGCAGGUCCGCUGACCAAGUUCUCAAACAUGUACUAUGCCAACGAGUGGACGCACGCCAAUUUCAACUCCAAGGAGGUCGGUUUCCAGCUUGCUGCCGCCAUGCUGAAUCUUUUUGAUCCAACCCUGGAGCCAAUUUUUGAACCCCCAGAAGACAUGGAUAGACUCAUCCCUCUGUACAAGGGAUGCAAAGUUCAAGCUGGUAUCCUACCUGGCAAAUAUUAUUACGUGCACAUUUAUAAACCAGGACUUCCCACUCGCUUGGAUGUACAAGAAACACAGCCCAGUUACGGCAUGGCAAUCAAAACUGGAAAUGCGACCAAGGGGAAUUAUUUCAGGAUACAUAUCAACCAAUACAGCCUGAUAGAAACCAUUACCUGUUUUUCAAAGAAUCCUCUUCCCGUAUCGAACUACAUCCCUUUGUUUGGGCAGCACGAGCGUCUUCUCAACAACCUUUGCUCUCGCUGGAAAGAAGGGCUGGUCACAGAUCUGUACAGCUACUUGAAGGAACCCUGGGCCCUGGUCAUCUUCCACGAUCGCUUUAUCGAUCUGAAGAAAGAGCUGCGCGAGAUCCUAGCAUCCAUCCAGGUAACGGAAAUAACUACCAGUUGCAUUUUGUCACCGGGGUCUUCUGACCCUGCCUCGUCGGAACUCGGGGGGAGCGGGGGGGGGCGAAGCCAGGAGCGCCACCGCUCUGCACGGGCCCCCAUUCCCUGCCCACGAACGGACCGGGUCCUGCUCAACCCGACUGGGGGGGUGGGUUACUUGGCCCAGCCGGCCGCGCGGGUGGGCGUGGAGACGGGGAAGGACCUCUAUGGAGCCCCCCUGGCUAAGCCUUGCCACCGGAGCGCCACCUUGGGGUGUCGUUCCGAACCCGACUCAACAGGCAGUGGCCACCUUGCGGAGGACAACGCGGCCGCGUCACGCGUUCUCACAUGGUCCAUGACACGUGUCGCGCCCAACGCCAGGGAAGGGUGCGCUGCGUUGCCCUCCUGGCAGGUCUCGGCAGGUGGGCUGGUCCUGCUGCUCCUCUGGCCUGGGCCCACCAGCCGCCCUGCUCUCGGGGUUGUUUUUUUUUGGGGGGGGGCUCCAAAGGGCGGGGGAAAGGGGCCACUCGCAGCGCCGGCCUUGUGCGGAGCGCAUUCGUGGUCCCCCCUCCCCACUGACCCCGAGCCGGGGAACGAGGGACCCCUGGCAAUGGGAAAAAAGCAUCCCCAGAAACGCGGGGGGGGGGGGAGCUUUGGGUCAGACCGGGGCCGCCUCUGCAGAAUCUGCACUCAGGGCCAGGCAAAAACGUUGGCUUUGGGAAGCAAAUUCUUCUCCCAGGAGGCCUCCGCCGGACCUUGGGGCAGGCCGGAAAGGGAGGGGGCUGGACCUCCGAUGUGUCCCCCCUCCUCCCCGCCAAGACCCUGCAUGGGCUGUGGGGGAGGGGAGAGACAAGGGAAGUCUGGAACCCAGGACAGCCCGGGCCCCGCCAAUCCCUCCUUCGCCGCCGCCCGGCUGCUUCUCACUCGUGUCCGCCAGCAGCCAAGGCUCGUCGGGGGCCGCAGCAAAGCCACGAAGGUCCGCCCAGUCCUCUGCACAGGCUCAGGAACCCGCAGGGCCCUCAGGUCUGCCAGACCCCCGCCUCUCUCCUGGGCUCAGCCCACCGGCCUUGAACCCGGAGCAGCCCCGUCGGAGGGACUUGCUCGGACUUGGGGAGUUCCGGAUUGCCUACGGGCGACUCCGCUGUCAAAUUCCAUAGAUAUGGGGGCGGGGGGAGGAGGGAGUUCAGCAGGUGCGGACACGUGUCUCCCUCCCUGUCCCGCUGGCGUAUGGCUGUUUGACCUGGGUCAGGCCCUGGCCCGGGCGACACUUGGACCGAUUUCCACACGUAGCCUCCGUUCCGGGCGGGGAGGAGCCGGCCAGGCCCCCCUGACAGACCACGAGUGGGGCUGGGUGAGGCCUCUUCUGCCCCAGUCGGGCUGGACGCUCCGUCGGAAGCUGCCGGCCGGGAAGACGCGUCUCCAGCCGCGGGACGGAUUUCAGCACCAGCCGCAGAGGGACAGCGCCCGCCCGCCCGCGGGGCCCCCAAGCAGCUGCCGCGCCCCCGCCCCGCUUUUCCUGGGGGAGGUGGCGCGGGAUCAGCCGCUCGGGUGCUGGUGGCGCCAAAGGGGCCCGCCGGCCUCUCCUGUCCGUGUCCCGCCUCCGCCUGGGCUUCUGCGCGGGGAGCUCCGGACCGGGCUGGCCGGAGCCGUCUCGGCGGCGGUGGGGGGAGGGGGGGCUGCUGCCCGGAUCGCAACAGCGGCUCAGGGCGGGGCCGGGGCGCCUCUCCCCCCCCAGGGGCGCGGCAGAGCGGGGAGGGGGGCGAGGGGGCGGGGCGAGGCGCUCAGGUGCAACCGCCCCCCCCCACCCAGCCAGGCGGAAGCAGCGGCAGGCGGUGCUGAUUGGCUCCGGGCGGAGCGGGAGGCGUCAACCACGCCGGCCGCCCCCCUUAAAAGGCGCCGGGCCGACUGGGGGGGCCGAAGCAGCGCAGCAGCCGGGGCGCCCCGCGAGCCCACCGACCCAGCAGCCCGCACCGGAGGAGGAGCGAGGCGGCGGCGGCGGCGGAGGCGCCCGGCUCGGCCCGCUGGACGGUGGCGGAGGAGGCGGCGGGGUUGGUGGCGCUGGGGGGGGGGGGGCGACUGA